AUGAAUUUCGACCCUGUAAUCCCACACGAUCCAAACAAGAAUGAUACUGGACUGGCAAAUGUUUCAAAAAACGCUCCUAAAAACCCUGCAAUGCAGUUAGGCAAUAAAAGCUCUGCCAUGAUAGCAAGCAGUAUUGACCAAAACACUGAAACCAAAAAUCCAUCUAAACCUUCAGGAAUGUUGAAAAGUUCAAUGAAUGUAAAAGGUGUGUACAACCCUAAAUCAAGCUACAAAACUCCUGUAUCUCGAUCAAGCAUUUCUUCAGAGUCAUCUGGAGGAAUAAAAGAAGAACCAAUAAUAUCUCCAUUCGUACAAGCUGAAACAAAAAUAGCCCCAGAGCAAAUCUCUAGCCACAAUAUAAUUAAUAUUCCAAGGACAGGGCAAUCAUUGGCAACCCAAGCAGAAAAUAUACCUAAACCAAUAUUAAAUCCUCAAAAGCCUAUUCCUAAACAAAUGAUGAGCUUUCAGCCUAAAAUUAAUGAGCAAGAAGAAGAAAAGAAAAAGGUAUUCUUUUCAGAUCCUCAAUUAAGCUCAAAGGCUGAAGAAGUAAAAAAACCAGUCGAAAAAAUUCCUUCAGUUCCCAAGAACCUUGAAAAAGAACCUUCUCCUCUUCAGAUUCCUUCAAUGGAACCAAUAAAAAAUGCAGCGUCAAGGCCCCAAGGAAAUCCUAUCCAAAAAUCAGAACCAAUGCCAAACAUUAAAAUUCCUGAUUCAAAGCCUGAAAAUACUCCUCAAAGAAUCCUUGAUAUGUCUGCAGGUGUAAAAGUUCAGACUUCGAAUAAAAUACCUAAAGAACCUGAGCCUAUUCCUCGAGUCAAAACUGAAGCUCGUCCAAAGGUUCCUGCUCCAGAAUUAAUACCCAGAAAAAAUCUGCAAUCUCAAGAAGUCCCUCAAAUUGAUAAAAAUGAAUCAGCUGAAAAAGAGAUCCUAGAUAAGCCGAAAUUAGCUGAGCCUUCUAAAGAUCCUAAGGGAGCUGAGCCUAGCAAAAAGCCUUUUGAUAUUCCAAAGAAAGACCCAAGUGCUCCUUUAAAAAAAGAAGAAGAAGAAAAAAAGCCUAUCGAAAAUCAGCUUAAACCUUCAUCAUUGUCUGGCAAGGGCUUUGCAAUACCGGUAAAGAAAAAAACUCAAGCAGUCCAGCCUGAAAACUCUGAAGUUGCUAUAUCAGUAAAACUCAAAAUGGUACCUUUUAGCGAAUAUAAGCCAAAAUGCCAGCUUGUUCAAAAUUUAAAUCCCAUGAUAAACUUAGUCCCAAUUAUCGAUAAUACUGAAAAAUGCAGCAUAGAGCCAGCUGAAAUUACUAAUAGUGACAUUUCUGAUUUAAUUGACUUAUUUUUACUGCAAAUUAGUAGAGCUAACCAAAAUACACUGAAUUUAGAGCCAAAAGUAUUAGAAAUUAUAUCAAAAUACUCAGAAGAUAACCCAAAAAUCUCAGAAUUUUUUUCCAAUAAUGAAUUUUGUGAGGACUGCAAGCACCUAAAAGAAAAAAUUUUUCUCGAUUGUGGGGUAGAAGUUUGCAGGAAAUGCACAAAUAAAGAACUCGCUUCGAAAACUAACAGUCUUAUGCUAUUAACUAGUUAUGACAAUAUAACACCUCUAUGUGGCUAUUGCAAUUUCCCAUACACUGAGCAAGAACAUGAAAUAAUUAUAGGCAAGAAUUAUAAUAUUUAUAACGAAGUAAAGAAGGAUCGAUUUCUUUACCAAUCAAGAAAGGAUAAGAUUUGGCAAGGCAGAAAAAAUGCAUUUAAAUCAGCUAGAACUUCCUUAAACAAUUUAUUUGCAAAUAAAUGCAAAAGCUGCAAAAAAGUAAAAAGACUUUCAGAUUUUUAUGAAGAUUGCUGCAGCUGUUUGUGCAAAGAUUGCUAUACUAUCUUAAAGUUCAAAAAAGAAACUGUGUGCCCACAUUGUAAAGUUGAUUUGAAGGUGAAAGAUUUCGAAAUGAAAUGCCAAGGAUGCACUAUGUCAGUCAAUAAAAUUGAAAGCUGCAUGAAAGAGUUGUGCUCUGGGCACUUCCUGUGCAGAAACUGCUUAAUAGCAUCUAAGAAUAACAAAGCGUGUGCUCGUCCAGAUUGCCAUUCAGCACUGACUGAAGUGCAAAUGCUAGAACUCAAAAGAUUUUUAAAGAAGACUAAAGGAAAGGAUUAA